UUUCUCUCUCUCUCUUUAGUGUCUUUUUAAAACUUUCCGUAAUUCUGAAGUACUGAAGUUCAAGUUUAUUUAUUUAUUUUUUUUUUCAUUAUUUCUUAGUAUUAGUGAUUUUCUCUUCAAAUUUAAUAUUGAGUUAUAAUAAUUUCCCUGCAAUUUUAUCUUAAGAGAGACAACAGUUUUUUAAUUUUAUAUUUAGGGAAUUUUUUUAACCUUGUUUCCGUUCAGUAUUACCAAUUACCUUUCCCAACUUUCAUUUCAUUCAUUUUCCCCCACAUUAUUGAAUCCCCCUUAAGAAAAAAUAAAUAAAAAAAUGAGAAAACCUUUAGGUCACCUUCACUGCAAUACUGACACAAUUUAAUGGUGUGGGCUGCGGGGCUGGGACAGGCUGUGACGACACCCACUGCCAGGAGAUGGGCUUGUGGGUGUGCAGGGGCGUGGAGUGGCACCUCGCCUUGUACCCGAACCUACUGGGACAGGGACCGCAGGAGGCAGAAGGCACGGCAGUCAAUUUCUGGUACCAAAUAAAUGUCCUUCGAUGCAGUCAAGAAUUUCGGUUUGUGGUGUGUUCCUUGCUUGCUCCUCCCUGCCGCCCUGGUGUUGCCGCGCCCCUGCCACCGUGCCGGGAGGUGUGCGAGUCCGCGGUGCAGCAGUGUCAACCCAUAAUGCAGCGGAGCCUACUCUCCUGGCCGGAAGAUACGUUCACUUGUGACAUGCUGCCGUACAGUCAUGAGCGGCCGUGCUUGAGGUACCAUCAGGGCCAGGUGGUGUUCCCCGAGAGGUACCAGACGCACUGUGCCACCACUAAUGCAACUGCAGAGGAAGAUUAUGACUAUGAAUACUCUACCGGGGAGUCUCGAAUGGUCGGCCCUGACUCAACACGCGAUGGGGAAUACCACGGGGAUGACUACGAUGACUAUGACUAUCAAGAAGGCUCAGGGUGGUCUACUUCUACUACUACUACUACUACUACUACUACUACUACUACUACUACGCCUACUGCACCGUCUCCAGCUAUCGUCACUGACCUACCUAAGAUUAUUUUCGCCUCCACCCCUCCCCCCAUCACCCCCUCCCUCUCUCCCCGCACUCUCUCCCCCCGGGGUGACGAGGCGGGGUACCUCCUGUCCAGCGAGGUGGUCAAUGACUUCCCGCUGCCAGGACCCAAAGGAGAGAAGGGCGCGAGAGGACCAAGAGGACCACCAGGGGAGGCCAUCACAGGUCCCCCAGGCCGGCCAGGACCCCCAGGAGCCCCAGGACCCCCAGGGAGGAGCUUCCCUUACAGGCCUGAUGACGACACCCUGGUGGACUCAGAGUGGAGCGGGUGGAGGGGCACGCCAGAGUGCUCCUGCAACACGACCUACCUGGUGGCGUCUGUCCUGGCGCAGAUUCCCCACGGGCCGCGGGGACCUGUGGGCGACCCUGGGCGGGACGGCGUAGCGGGCACCCCGGGCAAACCAGGACGUCCGGGGCCCCCAGGGGAACGUGGGCCCCCGGGGGAGAAGGGCGACAAGGGGGACAGAGGCUAUCAAGGCAGGCGAGGAAUCGAGGGACCUCAGGGAGCGAAGGGGGUGUCGGGGCUGGACGGACCCCCAGGGCCGCGGGGACCCAUGGGACCACAGGGACCCCCGGGGCAGCCUGGGUGGGGGAGUCCUGGCUUUGAUCCCCAAUGGAAGCCACGCAAUAUGUUUAAGUUAGAAAACGGGAUGUCUCGUGCUCCAGCCCGUCCCGGUACCCCAGGAGCCCCAGGAGGGAAGGGUGACGCAGGAGCCCCGGGGGAGAGAGGACCUCGGGGGCACCCUGGGAAUAAAGGAAUGAAGGGGGAGGCAGGACUACCAGGGGAGAAGGGGGAGGAGGGGUCGCCAGGGAGAAGAGGAUCCCCUGGGGCUAAGGGUGAACCUGGAGCCCCUGGAAUAAAUGGAACCCCUGGUGGUGCUGGACUGUACCCUGGUCAAGGGACUAAAGGGGAAAAAGGUGAGAAGGGCAGCCCAGGGCGAGGGCUUCCUGGACCCCCGGGGCUGCCUGGGAAACUGUCAGAGGAGGACAGGGCUGACAUGUUCAAAAAGCUCCUGGAGAGACUGGUCAACAAGAACAUCGUGAGUGGCCACCCCGAGGAAGGCAUCAGCGUGUGGGAUACCAGUGGGGGGCUGCCCUGGAUUGGAGAGGAAGGGCGGCGCCUGCGUGGUCCCCCAGGUCCCCCCGGGCUGCCAGGACCACAGGGGAUAGAAGGGACACAGGGCCUGAUGGGACCCCCGGGGGAGAAGGGAGAGUUAGGACCCCCCGGCCGCCCUGGGAUGGAUGGCUUACCCGGGCAGAAGGGAGACAAGGGGGAGACGGGGGUACCAGGCCGCCACGGCGCCCCUGGACCCGUGGGACCCACAGGCCUGAAGGGGGAGCGCGCGACACGCCGGGAGUGUCUGGCCAGGUUUCCACGCUUGUGUUGCCUGACGGGACCAAUGGUGACAGAGGAGAGAGAGGCCGACGGGGGAGGCGCGGCAGGAGAGGACCACAGGGACCCCCAGGACCUACAGGGGAGCUGGGACUUCCCUGGCUGGCCGGGCAGCAGCAGCUCUGACGUGGCCGAGGGGCGGGAGGGUCCACCAGGUCCCUCCGGCCCCCAUGGUCCCAAAGGCUCGGAAGGUCCCCCAGGGCCCCCUGGACCCCAGGGACCCCAGGGACCACAGGGACCACAGGGACCCCCGGACCUGCAGGACCCACGGGAGCCACGGGACCUCAGGGGAAAGAGGGCCCCCCCGGUGACCCUGCCCCCGCGGAGAGUGCCCACGGCUACAUCCCGGUGCCUGGCCCCCCCGGCCCUCCUGGACCACCUGGACCCCCGUACAUCCCAGUAUGCCCCAGUACACCCCAGUAUUCCCACUACACCCCAGUAUGCCCCAGGUCCGCGAGGCAGCCCCGGCCCUCGAGCGCAGACCCCAGGGGCGGCGCCGGGCACCCCAGGAGGCUCCUCUGCCACCCCGGGGAGCCAGGGGGUGCCACACAGAGGAGGAAGCUUUGGCGGCAUUGAUGAGCUUCGGCGCAUCACGGGACACAUAGGGAACAGAGGCCAGGAAGGGGGGUCUCUGGUGGUGCCCGGGGCCGUCACUUUCAUGAACAGAGCCGCCAUGUUGAAGAUGAGUGACAUGUCGCCAGUGGGCACCCUCGCCUUCCUGCUGGACGAGGAGGCGUUGCUGGUGCGGAUCACGAUGGGCUGGAGGAUGGUCAAUCUGGGUCUGGUGAUCGCAGCGCCAGCCACCACGACUCCUCCACCCACCACCACGACCCCCCCGCCCACCACCACGCCUCCCCCCUUCGUAGCGGGCACCCCCUCCCUGCAAAUCCACUCCCUCCACAACAACAAGGAGGGCCCCAAGGAAGAGUUAACAAAGCUGCGCCUGGCCGCCCUCAACCAGCCGUACACUGGGGACAUGAGAGGCGUGACGGGCGUGGACUACACCUGCUACCGGGAGGCGCGGCGGGCGGGACUUAGCGGUACCUUCCGUGCAUUCCUCACCUCCAGGAUACAGAACCUGGACUCCAUCGUCAGGAGGGCCGACGGGAACCUGCCUGUGGUCAAUAUUAAGGGGGAGGUUCUCUUCAACACCUGGCGGGGAAUAUUCUCAGGUGACGGCGGCCGCUUCAUGCAGAAACCGCGAAUAUUCAGUUUUGACGGCAAGGAGGUGCUGACGAGUCCUGAGUGGCCACAAAAGUACAUUUGGCACGGCUCGGACACUGAGGGCGAGAGAGCCUUGUCCUCCUUCUGCGACGCUUGGCACAGUGACUCAAGAGACGUAGUGGGGCUGGCAUCCUCCCUCAGACAGAACCACCUCUUGUCGCAGGAGAAACACGGCUGUCACAAUGCCUUCAUCGUGCUGUGUAUUGAAGCCACAAGUCACGCUUACACCAAGAGCUCUGGGGGAAGGAGAAGAAGGCACGCGGGGAAGGCAGAGCAGGAUAUGAAUGAAGAAGAGUAUUAUGAAGUUUUGAGUGCUUUAGAUGAAAUGUGAGCAAGGAUUUAGUUGGCUUUUGGAAGGUUUAGCUGUGGAGGAAUGUGAGGUGUCUAAUGUCCUUUGUGAUUUGUAAAGGUGUGAGGAAAGGUAAGGGUAAUUUUUUUUGUGUAUUUUUCGUGUGUGUUAAAGAAGGCAAAGGAAAUGAAGGAAUGUCUAGUUUCUCUCUCUCUCUCCCUCUCUCUCUCUUUCUCUCUUGCUAUGUGUGUUUUGAAAAUCAGUGAGGGAAGGCAAGGGUGGUCAUUUGGGCAUUUUCUUUUUGUGUGUCUCGAAAGGAAGGUAAGUGAACUGAGUGAAUGUCUGCUUUUCUCUGUCUUGGUCUGUGUGCUUUGAAUAUUUGCGAGGGAAAAUAUAGGUGCGUUUUGGUGUGACAUGUCGAAGACCUUUUAAGCUUAAGAGUGAGAGGAAGAAUUAAAUAGUGGAGUUUUUUUUGAGAAAUGGUCAAGAAUUUUCGAGCUAAAGAGUUAGAGAGAGAGAGAGAGAGAGAGAGAGAAAGUAAAGAUGUUUCAGAAGAGUUGAAUGAGAAAAGAGUGAAGGAUUUUUUAGUUAAAGAGUAAAAGAGUGAAGAUGGUUGGGAAAAGAGUUCACGGAGAGGGGAAUAAUGAAGGAAUCUUAGGUUUUGUUAAGGAAAGGAUGAAGAGUUGAGUUGUUUGUAAUAAUGUGAUGUUUGAUUGCUAAGGAAGAGCGUUAGAGUCUAGACUGUUAUAUAAAUUAAAUAGAUAAGUAGAUAAUGAUAAAAACUAUAUAUGAAAGGAUGAAUCUAAGCAAUAUGAUAAUUAUGAAACACAUUAUCAGGAAUUUAGGACAAAAAAGAAAGCAAAAACAAAUUAAAGGCAUUUUUUUUUUUUUUUUAAGAAAACGAUGUUGAUGAGUAACUUAAGAAAAAUAAGAUAAGUAUUUUUAAUUCAUGUUCGAAAGACGUUAGAUGUUAAAACUGUGUUAAAAUUAAGGAGAAUUCUUGUACAUAGAAGUUUGUUAAAUAUAAUUAGUGAAACAAUGAGAAAUUUAGAAAGUGUGUCUUGAGAUUUCGUUUUUUUACUUAUUUAAUUUAUUGUUAUUAUUAUUAUUAUUAUUAUUAUUAUUAUUAUUAUUAUUAUUAUUAUUAUUUUUAUUAUUAUUAUUAUUAUUAUUACGACAGAAGACAAAAUAUUUCAAUCUUAGUGGUGGUGAUGAUGGUGAUGUUGAUGCUGAUAGUGAUGACGAUGAUGGUGAUAAUGACAGUACUGGUGAUGAUAAUAAUGGUGAUGAUAACGACAGUAAUGAUAAUGGUGAUGACAAUAAUAGUGAUGAUGAUAUUGAUGAUGCAGAUUAUAAUGACUACUGGUAAUGAUGAUGAUGAUGAUACUGGUGAAGGUGAUGGUGGUGGUGAUGGUGGUGGUGACAGGCAGCAAACGGUAUCUUCCACGGGGGCACAAAGGGUUAAAGUGUGUGUGUUUUGCCCUGAUAAUGUGUCGUAACGUCUACAACAGGAAGCUCUUUUUUAGCAUUAUCAUUUGACGUAUAUCUCUGUCUUCUUCUUCUUCUUCUUCUUCUUCUUCUUCUUCUUCUUCUUUUUUUUACUGUUUUUUUUUCUUUUCUUUUUACGUGUAUCAAGCUUUUUAAUUUUCUUUUUUUUUAUUAUUUUUCUUUAUCAACUUUCUUAACCCUUUCACUAUUUGGGAUUGUUUUCUUGUUUUGUUUUCUUUUUUUAUUUCUCUCUUUUUCACUUUUUUUCUUUUUUUUUUUUCUUUGUUUGGUCUUACGUGGUUUAAUUUUAUUUGGUAUUCUGUUUUAUUUGUUUGUUUGUUUUUUCUUUAAGUUCGCAUGUAUUUUAUUUUCCUAUUUUGUUCAUUAAUUAAAUAAGUUCGUACGGUUUUCAUGUUUUUAUUUGUUUUAUUCUAUUUAUUUACUUUUUCUUUACGUUCUGUGUGAUAAUCCAGGUGAAAACUCAAUAAUUAACAGUUGAAUUUGCUCUAAAAAAAAAAAAAAAAAAUCAUACUACUUAGUUAUAUCUAUUUACUUUUUUUUCUUUACGUUUCAUGCGAUAACUCAGGUGAAAAUCUUAUUAUUCGCAAAUUUCUGUGUCACCUUUAUUAGUUUAUUAUUAUUAUUAUUAUUAUUAUUAUUAUUAUUAUUAUUGUUACUAUUUCUCUUGUUUCAUAUGAUAAGUCAGGUAAAAGAUCACGUAGUAGCAAAUUUUCUUAGUGCAUUUGUGUGUUACCUUUAUCAAUUAUCAGGUAAAUGUGAAAUGAAGUGAAUUACUUACGAUUUUAUUCUAUACAUUUAUUAACAUUACUAUUUCCCUCUUUUUUUCAAGUUUCAGGAGACAAUUUAGGUGAAAAGUGAUGUAGUUUAUGUGCUAACCUUUCACUAAGUCUUAUCCUCUUCAUAUAUUACCAAACUUAAUUAUUUAUGACCUUAUUCUAUUCAUCUGUCACCAUCACUAUUUUCCUUUCAAGUUUCAUGUGGCAAUUCAGGUGAAAAUUUAUAUAGUUUGUGUUUCACCUUUCAUUACGAGGUGAGUGAGUGUGCGGUGGCGUGAAUGGAGGGCAGGGCGAGGCAACAAAGGUAUUUAUUAUCGAUUUCUUCAGUAACUAGCUAUGUAAGGUCUUCAAUAUAACUUUUGUCAGUAGUAAUCAAAUCUAGUCACUUGUGUUUAAUAUUCUCUCUCUCUCUCUCUCUCUCUCUCUCUCUCUCUCUCUCUCUCUCUCUCUCUCUCUCUCUCUCUCUCUCUCUCUCUCUCUCUCUCUCUCUCUCUCUUUAUAUAUUUCGUUUUAAAUUCUAAUUCUUGUUUAUGUUUAUCUAUUUUUUUUUUAUUUUCUAUCAGUUUAUCUCUUUUCUUUAAUUUCGUUCUAUUUUUCGUUUCUUGGUUAUAUUUUCCUGUAAUUCCUUUUCUUCUAUUUUCCACCUUCCAACUUAUUAUUUUCUUUACUCUCUUUCAAUUUAUCAUUUUUCUUUUAUUUUGUUCAUUUGCUCUUAUUUUCCUUCCUAUAUUUUUCCUGUAUUUCCUUUUCUCUCUGCUUUCUGCUCCUUAAGAUUUAGUUCAAAGGUUUAUUUAUUAUUUUAUGUAUUAUUUCUUUUUGUAUACAUGUAUGCUAUGUAUCUCUGUAUGUAUGUAUUAUGUAUCCAUCACUAUUUCUGCAGACUGCCUGUAAACUAUCGAAACUAACCACGUAUGAAUCGCAGGUAAUUGGAGAGGACAGGUAGUUAGUUAAUUAGUGUUUUCAUUGUCAUGCUUUUGUAAUUGUUUUCUUUUUUCGUAUUUUUUUUUCAAUUUUUCUUUUCAUAUUUUUUUUUUUCUUUUUUCAUCAUUUUUUUCACGGUUUCUUUUAAUCUUUUGUUCUUUCUCUCUCUCUCGCUCUCUUUCGCCGGCUCGUGUCUCUCUCUCUCUCUCUCUCUCUCUCUCUCUCUCUCUCUCUCUCUCUCUCUCUCUCUCUCUCUCUCUCUCUCUCUCUGUUCCCUUUGUUUUUCUUUUCUUUUUUUCUUGUUUUCUUUCAUUGACUGUUUUUAUUUUCUAUUUUUAUUUUUACUUCUUCCUUUCUAUUUAUUUUUUUUCCUUUCUAUGUUUUCUUUCCUUUCCCUUCACCUAUUUGUGGAAAAAUAUCAGUCAUUGGCUAAUUUAUUCAUUAAUUUUACGUAAAAAAAAAUAUUAAUUAAGUUUAAGAUUAAGAAUGUUUUGUAGAACACGUGUUACAAUCCUGAUCUGAUGACUACUACUACUACUACUACUACUACUACUACUACUGCUACUACUACUAUUACUACUACCACUAUUCCUUUUCUUUUCAUUUUCGGUAGUAAUUUAUUUAAUAAAAACUUAAUCGCAAA